CGCCACUACGUCGGCUUGUCACUCGCGAGUGCGUUGCCGGUGCGGCAACAUCGAGCGUAUCCUCGUUCGGAGCUCGACUGAUCGCGCUUACGAUUCCAGGUUUCUUUCACUCGGGGAAAUCGCCUGGAACCAUCACGAACGUCUCACGAAGAACGCGUGAACAGAAAUAAUCGGUUUUUAUAUUUCUUUCGGGAAUCCCAGGUACAGAGUGAUAAAGAGUGGUAGGGAACAAAUAAGUGACCGUAAUUUUCUCAUCCAUUAACGAAAAAGUGCACGUGACAGUCGCAUCGUCAGGGGGAAUAUGCUUUAAGAGCAUCCCUGUCGUCGUGUCGUUUCUUGACUGUCGGUAAUCGCGAAUCAGAGGAUUUUCCAAGAGGAUGGCGAACGAGACGUUGACGCGCGAGGUGGACGCGCAUAUAGUCACUAUAUUGUCGAGACUGUCGGCCCUUCGGGAGAACAAUAGCGACGUAUCCGACAGGAAGGCGCCCAUGUCCAUCGAGGCACGCAGUUUGGAGCUCUGGCGAGCGGUGGCCGUCGAGUGCUUGGCCACUUUUCUCUUCAGCCUUGUGGUGGCCGGCGCGGCCGCCUCUUCCGUAGUAUCCGGAACCGGCCUCUCGGCAUUAGCCACCGCUAUAGCUUCCGGUUUCGCCAUCGCCGCGAUCUCCCUCAUUUUCAGCCACAUAAGCGGUGGACACGUGAAUCCAGCGGUCUCGGUAUCGUUCGCUUUGUGCAGACGGAUUUCCCCACUUCGCGCGGUGCUGUACGUCGCGGCACAAUGCGGUGGCGGCAUAGCUGGGGCGGCGAUGCUUUAUGGUGUAAGUACACCUUCGAAUGCGCAGAGCUUGACAUCCCUCGGUCGGCUAGGGGGUCCAAUCGAAAGACUUUUAGUCGAGGUAGCACUUUCGGUGUUUAUUGUGCUAGCCCAUUUCUCUGUGGAUUCAUCUAGAUCACUGCCACCCAUGAUUUCUUCGAAGGCUUCUGCAGUUUUGGCUGCAGCUUAUACAGCGUCUACUCUCGUUUUCAGUCCUUUUCUAAACCCAGCGCGCGCGCUGGGUCCGGCCUUCGUCAUGAAUCGCUGGGACAAUCACUGGGUAUACUGGGUAGGUCCGCUAUCGGGAGGAGCUGUGGCGACUCUUCUGCAUGAAUAUGUCCUGAGUCCUAAACGCAUGAAGGACUCGCGCGAAAUGGACGACGGCGAUAACUCCUCUAUGAGAUCCGACGAGGAUACGUACGACGACCUGGACAAACCGAACGGGCCCAAGUUCCCCGGUGCCUACGCGACUUAUCGCCCGGUCGCCGGUGCGUCCUCGUCGAUCUACAGCGCACCACCGUCCGCGUUAGAGCGCGUCGAGUCGAUCUAUGGUGGUACCAAGUCGCUCUAUUGCAAAUCUCCCCCAUUGACGCGCGCCAAUCUGAACCGUUCGCAGAGCGUCUACGCCAAGUCGACGUCGGGACCACGGGACGGUCUGAUGAUCCCGAAGCCGGGCCCGCUGGUGCCGGCGCAGAGCCUGUACCCCAUCAGGCUGAAUCAGAACGGUUGUCAAAACGGUAACCGUGAGAAUCAGCCUGGACCUGGCGGUCCGCCGAACCAGUCGUUGCAGAAUCACAACAGUACCAAUCAGAACAUGCAGAAUCAGCUGCAGCAGUGCACCCAGAGCAUCUACGGCAUCCGCGGGAUCUCCACGAGUCUCAGUACCCGGGAGAACGGUAUCUAUGGGGUGUCCACCGGAUCCAGCAUCUACGGUCGCGCCCCGGCACCACCGCCGAGCAGCCAAAAUUCUCAGCAAUCCGGUCAGAGCGGUCAAUCCUCAAUACAGAACCAUCCGCCACCGCAGUCGCCGUCGCAGCAGCAGCAGCAGCAACAGCAACAGCAGCAGCAGCAGCAGCAGCAGCAGCAGCAGCAGCAGCAACAUCAGAACGGACCGUUGUCGAGCAAUUCGGACAAUGGGGCGAAUUCCAGGCGGCCCGAAAGCAUGUACGGCCACGUGUCGAGACGCAGCGAUGAUUCCGCGUAUGGCAGCUACCAGAGCUCUUCGCGAGGAAAUUAUGCCAAGGUGCCUGGACCCCCGGGCCCGCCAAAUGGACCUCCGCAGUAUCGCGACCAGGGUAGACCGAGCCCAGCCGGGCCGCUUCAACAAAGUCAAAGCGCACAGAGUAACUUCCAAAGAAACUCGCCGAAUCCUCAGUAUUGACUUUAAGAAGAAAAUCGAUGGACGGAGCACUCCACGCAUUCGUGCGAUCAGCGCGUCAGUCUUUGACUCUGCAUGUUGACGGAAGGAACAACUUCUCGGUGAAUAUUCUAAGAACCUUGUAGACUAGUAAGAAAUUUUCUUCACACCAAAUACGAAUAGAAUUCGUCCUAAUACAUAAAAAAAUAUUCAGGAUGUAAAACUCCUGUGAGAUUUCAAUUUUGUGUUUUGUUUGAAUUUUACUUCGUUGGAAUGUGAAACGUGGAAAUAAUAUUGGACCAAUACUAUUAUUAGUAUUAUGUAGUAUCAAUAAAUCUUGAAACUUGUAAAUAUGUAUAACGUAUAUUUAUCGGGCGUUACUGUAUGUAACGCGUUGAAGAAGAGCCGUGCGAUUUGAUCGAGGAAUUUUGUUAUCGAUAUUUUGUAAUAUUAGAAUUUUUGUAGGGAUGUAAAUUUCGUAUAACAUAAGUGAGCAAAAUGUAGAAGAAACAAAAUCCAAAAAUAUGAUUAAAAUAAUAAAGGUAAAAGUAUCGUUCGUAAGUUCAGUACAAUAAUAUAAAGAUUUUUUUUACAUCAAAAAUGAAUCGAUCUUUGAGGCGGCUUGCGCACAGUUGCGCCUAUAUAUGUAAAUAUAAAUAUAAAUAUUUUAAUUUAAUUUAAUUUAAUCAUAUUAAUUCUAUCGAUCCAGUUGAUUGUCAUGCCAAAUUCUUGCGAGGAAGCGAUGCACUAACUUUUCAAUUGUUACAAGUUUCUAUUCUUCCUCGAAUAAAAAAAUCAUUUUCAAACAUUCGAUGGAUUAUCGAUUUCAUUAUAAUUACAAAUUAAUACAAUAAAACUUGAAAUAGAUUCACAUGUUCGAUCAAUUUGAAUGAAAAUAAGGAAAAUUAUAAUAGAGAGUAAUUUGAGUGCCAAUUAAAUAAAUAUUAAA